GGUGAAGCUGUUAGUGUUAAGAGUACCGAGUCGUUCGUCGAGCCGUGGUGUGUUGUGUAUAGUGCGAGUUUAAGUUUCUCCGUGAGGUCGGUUUCGUCGUCAGCAAUGGAUGGUGUUAGUUCGUCGUCUCCGGUACCUGUUGCACGCUUCUGCGCGGUCUGGCUAACAAAGUUAGAUGCUGCUGGUACUGCUGCAUGGUGUUGGUGAUGGAAAAAAAUAAAUCUGUACGUGGAAUGAGAAUAAGGUGAAAAAUAGGGUAUAAUUACGAGUCUCCUCGGAGGCAAAUGACAUCUAUUCCCCGCUGACGUUUAUCUCGCGCGGUAGUCGGAUGAAAAUAACAAAACAAAAAAUAAAUCAAACAAAUAAUAUAAAAUUGUGAAAUUUCGUGCGGCGUGUCGUCUAUCGGUCUAUAUUACAUUGUGUGGUAAACAAACAAUGGGAAUCGUGCAAAGCCGUAGGGAUACGGAGUCUGUCGUCGGUGUGGUUAAUUCUCACCAUAAAAGAGUGAACAGUACGACUAAUAGCCACCAUAAUUAUUGUCAAUCUAACAUGGGGACUCUAGGCGGACCUCACAACCGAGCUGGUAGCGUCCGAAGUACAACACCUAGAUUGCCGAUGCCGGACGCUGCGGAGCUCGAAAGACGUUUCACCAAAGUCCUGGCUUCCAUGGAUUUACCACCUGACAAAGCUAAGCUCCUGAAACAAUACGACGACGAGAAGAAAUGGGAUAUAGUUUGCGAUCAGUCGAGGGUGCAAGCGAAAGACCCGCCUUCUCAUUACCUGGCAAAGCUUAGGACCUACCUGGACCCGAAGGCUUCGAGGAGUCAUCGAACGUAUCGUUUCUUUACGUUCUUUCAGAAAAGAAAAAUGGUCGGUGAAUCUACGUCAACGCAAGUUCUACGAGAUUUGGAAAUAUCAUUGAGAACUAAUCACAUAGAAUGGGUGAGGGAAUUUUUGGACGAAGAGAAUCAGGGACUCGACGCAUUAAUAGAUUACCUCAGCUUCAGAUUACUCAUGAUGCGACACGAGCAGCGAUUACUCGAAUCGAGAACGGAGUCCGAGGAGAGACUGCAAAGCGGCGGGGUUGGAGAUACCUCUACAUUGAGCAAUGGAUGUCUCAGGCCACCUCUUCACGAGCUCAAAGACAGUCCGGGGGUCAAGCGUAGAACGAGACAUGUGGCUCGAUUGAAUAUGGGAGAAGCGAAAGACGAUAUACAUGUUUGCAUACUUUGCAUGAGAGCUAUCAUGAAUAACAAGUACGGAUUCAACAUGGUCAUUCAACAUAGGGAAGCAAUAAAUUGUAUCGCGCUCAGUUUGAUACACAAAAGCCUGAGAACGAAAGCCCUCGUCCUAGAGCUUUUGGCGGCUAUCUGUCUGGUCAAGGGGGGUCAUGAAAUAAUUCUCUCAGCGUUCGAUAAUUUCAAAGAAGUUUGUACAGAGAGACGAAGGUUUACGACACUGAUGGCGUAUUUCACCCAGUACGAUAAUUUUCAUAUCGAGUUUAUGGUCGCUUGCAUGCAGUUUGUCAAUAUCGUUGUCCACUCCGUCGAGGAUAUGAACUUCAGAGUACAUUUGCAAUACGAAUUUACCAAACUGGGACUCGAUGAAUAUCUAGAAAAACUUAGGCACACGGAAAGUGAGGAUUUGCAGGUUCAAAUCUCCGCUUACCUAGACAAUGUAUUUGACGUCGCUGCCCUAAUGGAGGAUAGCGAAACGAAGACUGCCGCUUUAGAGAAAGUUGCUGAACUAGAAGAUGAACUGGGCCAUGCCCAUGACCGGAUGGCAGAAUUGGAACGUGAAUCUCUGGCGAAACUCGCGGAUUUAGAAACUGAAUUAGGUGCAACAAAAAUAGAGUACUCAGACGCCGUGGAAGCCCGCAGAUUAGCUGAAGAAGAAUUAGCUGCAUUGAGAAGGCAGAGGCAGGACUCUGCCAGAAGACAGAGCGUUCUCGAGAACAAAAUCAUCGAGCUCGAAACGCUUACCGGAACUCUCACCAAAGGAUCAACGAUCGCGAGUCUUGGAAACGGGUCCACCACCCCCACUUCGGAUCACGAUGUAACUUCAACUUCGGCACCAACACCGUCACCACCUGUUUCUUCCGUACCUGCAGCAGCCCCUGCACCUCCACCCCCACCUCCGCCUCCGUGCCCGCCUCCUCCACCCAUGGUACCGUUUUCUCCCGGGGAUCACAAGGCACCACCCCCUGUUCCGGUACCACCACCACCUGCUGGUAUGAUGCCUGCACCAGACGGAGCAAUGACGAUCAAACGAAAGGUGCAAACGAAAUACAAGCUUCCGACGCUCAAUUGGGUUGCAUUGAAGCCCAACCAAGUAAGAGGUACCAUUUUCAAUGAACUGGACGAUGAUCGCCUUCACAAUUGUAUCGACUUCUCUGACUUUGAAGAAAGAUUCAAGAUUGGUAUGGGCGGACCUGUUUCUAACGGAAAUAACGAAAUCGACGGACUUCAAAGCUUCCCAAGUAAAAGAUUUAAGAAACCUGAAAAUGUUUCGCUGCUCGAACAUACGAGACUCCGAAACAUCGCCAUUUCACGAAGAAAAAUGGAAAUGCCAGUCGAUAAAGUCAUAGCCGCAGUAAAUAGUCUGGAUCUGAAGGUACUCUCCCUAGAAAAUGUUGAAUUGCUUCAACGGAUGGUGCCAACCGAUCAAGAGACCAAGGCAUACCGCGAAUAUAUUAUUGAAAAGAAAAACGUUAAUUUGUUGACGGAGGAGGACAAAUUCCUUAUGCAACUCGGCAAGGUAGAACGGAUAUCAACGAAAUUAUCCAUCAUGAAUUACAUAGGAAAUUUCUUCGACAAUCUGCAUCUUAUCACUCCACAAAUACACGCGGUGAUAUCUGCAUCCAGUUCUGUCAAGAGUUCCAAGAAAUUGCGGGCUGUUCUAGAAAUAAUUCUCGCAUUCGGAAACUACUUGAACAGCAGUAAACGAGGACCUGCUUACGGAUUCAAACUCCAAAGUUUGGACACGCUGUUAGAUACCAAAUCGACUGACAAACGUAUGUGUCUAUUGCACUACAUCGUCGCUACGAUACGACUGAAAUUCCCAGAGCUCAUAAACUUUGAAUCCGAAUUGAUGUACAUCGACAAAGCUGCUACUGUAUCGAUAGAAAAUAUCACAACGGACGUUCAUGAGCUGGAAAAAGGUAUGGAUCUGGUCCGAAAGGAAUUUGAACUUCGUGGCAAAGAAAAGCACAAUACCGUCCUACGUGAUUUCUUGAGCAACUCGGAAGAAAAACUACGAAGAUUAAAAUUGGACGCACGGACAGCUGGGGAAGCCUUCCGUGAGUGCGUAGAGUUCUUCGGUGAAAGUCCACGCCAAGCUGACGCCAAUACAUUCUUCUCGCUACUGGUCAGAUUCGCAAGAGCAUUCAAAGCUGCGGAUCAGGAAAACGAACAGCGUCGAAGGUUGGAAGCUGCUGCUGCUGAGGCUUUGAAUACUUCUGAAGAGGUCGUUAAGAGAAACAAAUUGAAUCAAAAGAAACAGCAGGACGCUGUGAUAAAUGAAUUGAAGAAUAAGACGCGGUUGGUUCAAGAAAAGAAAUUGCUACAGCAGGACGAAGUAUACAACGGUGCUCUGGAGGAUAUUUUACUCGGUCUCAGAUCAGAGCCUUAUCGCCGAGCUGAUGCCGUACGACGCAGUCAAAGACGACGUAUCGACAAUCACAGACUGUCCCGAACCGCUGAGGAACUUGAACUUUGAUUUAAAUCAGGUGAUACGAUUGAAAAUAUUCACGUAUAAAAUUCGAGCAUUCUCCAUGUUGUACUUGGUAUAUGUUUUAUCUUCUUUUUUUUUUGGUUGAGAAACAUUUGCAGUAACACAUCGAUGUUUGUUCUCGAAAAGAUAUUGUUAAGAGUUAUCAGAAAAGAUGGGCAUUGGAAAAGCUCACUUUAUGAAUUAAAAUUUGUUUCUUUUAAAAAGAAAUAGAAAUUCAAUUCAGUAUAAGAAUUGGUGAAUAUGAAUAAUUUUGUUUUCUUUCGAGAUGUUAAUUUGUUCCCAAUAAAUUUUUCUUUGUCAGUCAUUGUACAUAGUCAGUAACGAUAUUAUCUUUGUAUUAUUUAUUUACGUAUAACUACUGCAGAUGACAUAGGUACAGCGUUUUGUUCUGUAUACGGUUCAUUCCUCAUACACCAGAUUUAACUUGGCUUAAUUAUUGCUGUGAUGAUAAUUACGUAAUGAAAUCGCUGUUUUUUGUUGCUUGUCAUUCAUCAAUUCACCGCACCACAUGUACUCAAGAAAUUCAUGUACUAUGUAUACCAAUAAUUCCAAGCUAAACUCUGAUAUGUAGCAUUACACACAAAAUGGUGCUACAAGUAUUGCAAAAAAAGCAAAAUAAAACAUCACUGAACCUUUUCCAUGCAACAAGGUUUUCAACUCAAAAAUAUAAUUUCUCCGUCAAUGUAUUUAAUCUAGUACAAAUGAUACGAGUCCAACGAUGGUUUUAUCAACCAAAGUACAAUCUUUUGCUACUAGUAAAACGGUAGAGAAAAUGUAAUAUUUUUUCACGCGUCAUAGUGAAGUCCCAUAAGAACUUUAUAGUAGCCUUCCGAAAUAUGUCCAUUAGAUUUGCAACUGGUAUGUCAACAUGAAUCUUUUUUUUGUCAGAUGUAUUGCGAAUCGGCAGAGCUGUGGUAAUAUUUUUCAUUCGUAGUCUUAUUUCCGUGUUGUUAAUCGUUGUGUUUUCGAAGGAGAUGUUAUAAAUACGUAGAGAUAUUCUCCAGUGAAGAAAAUAUACUUCAUACGAAUUGCAUAAUGAUGACAUUCCAUAAAUAUUAGCAAUCCUACGCGUUAAAGAUAAAUAUUUAAGAAGUAACCAGUAACGAAGAAUUGAAUCUGGAGUUCUGCGAUAACCGCGUAGACUUUUACUUUAUGUUUGAUGACAGAAUUUCUUACCUCAAUAUCUGUGAAUAAUUAUUUUUACUUGUGAAAUGUUACCAUGACAGAAUAUAUUGCCAAUUAAAGAAAUUGAAAAAAAAAAUAAACAAAUUGCUUUAUAAUUAGUCGAAUGGAAUACGAAUAAUGAAGAAAUUUAUUACUCAUUAUAAACUGGAAUAUGUUUAAUUGCUUAACGUUGCAAACUAAAAAAUGUUAGUAGCAUUAAUUUUGUAAUAUAUUUCAAUUUGAUGUAUGCACUAAUUUUCUAAUCAAUCAUUCUUCUGCUAAUAAUACUGUGGAAAUGAAUUAGUAUCUAAAAAUGAGCGGGAAAAUGCAAUUUGCUACAUUUAUUGAAUGGCUAGUUCUUACUGGAAGUAUACUCUGGUGCGCCUCGAAAUAUUUUUUUCCGAGCACCACGUAAUAAUGAAUAAGUAGUAAGGUCUGUCUAGCUGACAACAAUUUCAUUGCAUUGGCUAGAUGGUAAUCAAAUAAUUGUUGCUUAAUCUGGAAUGUCAUUCGUUACUCGUAUGAUAGGGACACGUAUAUUAUAUGUCUAGGCUUUUGAAAUACCUAUAUAAACAUAAUUUUCACUUUUAUAUCUUUGAUAUUAUAUCUGUAAGCCGAGAAACUCAUUUUGUAAAUAUUGUUGUAAUAUAAUUUAUAAGAUAUCAGUUAUACAACUAUAAAAUAAUAUAAUAGAUAAACUAUCUGGUUAUAUAAAUAAUUUACCAAUGUGAUGUUUAGAUAAAAAAAAAGCCCGAAAAUGGAAUGAAAAAAGGGGAAAAAAAUGAUUAUUGCCUACAUUAUAGAGAAUUAUAUUUCUUAGUAAUAUUGAUUAUUACGAACUCACAAGGGAGUAUUAUACCAAUUUGUAACUCAGGAUGCAAAGUGGUUAAAAUUCUCACCUAUUUUUUGCGAACGUGUAAAUAUAAUGUGCAUUUCGUUAAAUAAGUUAUAAAAAAUAUGAAAUCAA